CUAACAAAGCAGCUCGGACCGCCGCUGAUCGGCCUCUUUGCAGCGCGAGCACCGUUGCGCUAUGUUCAACCUACGGACGUGGCGCCGGAGAAGCGCAAGACGCGGGCCAUCACUGGUAUUGCAGAGUAUGUCCAUUUACUGGGUCAAGACGACGGCUAUGUCCCAACAGAAACGCAUCAAGAGCAACAAGAACGCAAGAGGCGCGAACGAAAGGAAACAUUUGAAGCGAAGCUUACAGAGAGGCUUAAGCAGUAUAACCCAGCAGAAGACCCUGAAGUGCGUGGAGAUCCCUACAAGACGCUUUUCGUGUCUCGGCUUGCGUAUAGCGUGACAGAGUCGGAUCUGCGGACAGUCUUUGAGCCGUAUGGAGCCAUUGAUCGCAUCAGGCUUGUCAAUGAGAAGGAUACGGGCAAGUCUCGAGGCUAUGCCUUCAUUGUCUUUGAACACGAACGCGACAUGAAGACUGCAUACAAAGAGACGGAUGGCAUUAAAAUCAAAGACCGGCGGAUAUGCGUGGAUGUCGAGAGAGGACGCACAGUCAAGAACUGGAAGCCCAGGUCGCUCGGUGGCGGACUCGGUGGACGGCACUAUACAAAGCCAACGCGCAGGAUCGAUACGUAUUCCCAUGCUCCGAGCAACUACAGCAGAGGGCCGUCUGGGCCAGCUGCAGGCAGGUAUACAAGUGAUCGAGGGACCGAUCGCACUGGUAGCAGUGCACCUCGAGGACGGUCAAGUGACCGCAAUGGUCGCACC